AUGUCAACGUUGGCAUGCCACGGUGACCCCGAAAUCACCUCAGAUCCUGUCCUCUCUCGGCCAGUCUUGAACUUCUCGGGAGCCUUGUCCUCUCACACCCCUCUGUAUUUUGCAGCCUUACCGGCAGCCAGAUCGACAAUGACCCCUCCCGCAGCGUCCAGACUUCUUUACAUAUCGAGUUGGAAACACAACUCAGAAACUGCGAAAGACGAGCCAAGACUACGGAAGCUACUAGGUCAUAUCUCUGUCUAUGACAAGACGAGAACAUUUACGCACAAUGCGUCUAACGCGUCUUCGCAAGACUGUGGAAGUGAAACAUCGGCAUAUGCAGGAUAUCAAGUGCCCUCAUUCAAGGCAUUCCAAGCUGCUAUCCAAGAUCAAUUAGCCGCCAUGGCCAAAUCGUCCACAGCCGAAUCACUGCGACAUACGAAUGAUGACGGAUUUGAACAAGAUGAGGACGACAGCGAUUAUGAUUCCUACGAUGGUGAUGACUGGUCAGAUGAAGAUGACUCUGAGGAUAGUGAUGAGUCCUUUACAGACAAUGAGAGCACCGAAGGACAAUGGUCGGAAUGCACGAGUCCGAUUUCACCGCCAUGUGACGAAGACGGGGAAGCGGAUUUAUGGGCGAUUCGUCCACCUACUGUUGUCACCACUGGCACUCACCUGCACCCUCCUUACCGGACUCCGGUAGGCUGA